GAGCUGUGACAUACAAUGCUUCUAGCUGUAAUGUAACUUAAUCACACUGCUAUGGUGUCUGCAUUUAGGCUUCAUCAAGAGAAUGGAUGAAUGGGGACAUAUUUUGGCCAUGUCAAAACAUAUAUAUGGACCAAAUAGUGAAUUCAUUGAGAGUUGGAUUUCAAUAGGAAAGCCAGCAUGCAUGCGGACAAAAUCUUUAACUGCAGAUCAACCCUUUGAUCAACAAUGUAGCCACUGUGAAAAGGAAUCGGUGAAUCAGUCUAUAUCAAACUUAUCUACAUUCCCUUGGCUCAAAGAGCUUGUAGCACAACAGAAGUUGUUUCUUCAUGGUGGCUACUAUAAUUUUGUAGAUGGCUCUUUUGAGAAAUGGACUCUGUGUUACAAGGAAGGAAAAUUUGAAAAGAUUGACGAUGCAGUUACCAAUUGUGCUUUGUGGUGUUAAAUUGCCCAUUUUCACCAGCAAAUUUCACUAUUAUCAUUUGUACAAGAUACAUAAUCUUAUUAAGUUGGGCAUGGCUCAUUGCCAGUGGUCUGUAUACGCAGAGACUAUUUUUUUCCUUAUUGCAUAGCAAUCUUGUAGUCUGAAUCAUGAGAUGUGACAUGAAAUACUUCUAGCCAUAAUGUAACUUAAUCACACUGCUGUGGUGUUUACAUUUAGUCUUCAUCAAGAGAAUGGAUGAAUGGGGACAUUUUUUGGCCAUGUCAAAACAUAUAUAUGGACCAAAUAGGUACACAAAUACAAUGUUCUAGAUGAGACGACAUUUACUAGUUGGUUGCUCUCUUUCUUUAUUGUUGAUGUAUUAAGAUUGCAUAUUCCCCAAAUUAUGUGUCAGUUUAAUCAAAGGCAUUUGAUCUA